AUGCGGUUUUUGGUGUUAUUGCAAUUGCCAUCAGCGGAAUUAAGUUCUCUAAUGGGCUAUUUGUCCAACAGUCCCCGUACACGCAAACCCAAAAAGUCACCUGGUGAAAAAGGCAUCCAGCCCGUUAAUGAAGAUAAACGACCUCGUACAGCAUUCAGUGGGUCACAGUUGGCUCGAUUAAAACAUGAAUUCACUGAAAAUCGCUAUCUAACAGAAAAACGACGUCAACAGCUAAGUGGCGAACUCGGCCUCAAUGAAGCUCAGAUAAAAAUCUGGUUUCAAAAUAAACGUGCCAAGAUAAAGAAGUCUAGUGGAACGAAAAAUCCAUUAGCUUUGCAAUUGAUGGCUCAGGGUCUAUACAAUCAUUCAACAAUUCCACUUACAAAAGAAGAGGAAGAACUCCAAGAACUUCAAGCUAAAGCUGCAUCAAGUGCAUAAAAUAAAACGAGUUCCUUUAUUUAGAAACUCAUCUUUACAACGAAAGUAUUAAAUAGACAAACGA